AUGACGAGUGUCGACGAGCUCUUCAAAAAGCCACUGCCUGCAGGUAGCUCCAAGCGCAAGUUUGAGCCCGUCCAGGACCCUAACGAGCUAUACAAAGCGGCAAAGUUGGACUCCAAUGGUGACGUGAGGACAAAGGGCAAGAGUGCCAUGGUGGAGGACGAAUUUGACGAUGACGAUGGCGAGGCCGGACCCGAACUACCACCAGACUUUGAGGAAGACAUCCCCGAUGACGAGGAGGGCCGCUUUUUCGGUGGUGGCAUGGAACAGAAGACUGCCCAAGCCAUGCAGUACAUUGAUCAAAAUGAGGAGGAAGAAGCUGCACCCGAGAAAUUCGAUGCAGCCUGGGUCCGCCGAUUCGCCUUGAACUUUGAGAAGAAGAUAUCCAAGAAUGCCGAGCUUCGCGCGAAAUUCGAAAAUGACCCGGCAAAGUUCAUGGCCUCCGAGGCUGACCUCGACACGGAGAUCAAGGGACUAUCAAUUCUGUCGGAGAAUCCUGAGCUCUAUGAGGAAUUUUCCAAGAUGGGCUGUGUUGCCUCAUUGGUCUCGCUGCUCUCGCACGAGAAUGCGGAUAUUGCCAUCGACGCCAUCCAGAUCAUCAGUGAACUAACGGAUGAGGAUGUUGAGGCUGAACAGGAGCAGUGGGAUAGCCUGGUUAAUGCCAUGAUGGAUUCCGACCUUAUCGAACUCUUGACUCAGAACCUCUCUCGCCUGGAUGAAGGCGCAGAGACCGACAGGACUGGUAUUUACUACAUUCUAAGCGUUUUGGAAAAUCUAUCUUCCCAGUCCGCACUCGCAGAGAAGAUCGGAGAAGAUGCUGCCGUUUUGCCUUGGAUUCUAUCGCGCAUACAGCAGAAGGAAACCCCGGUCUCCCAGAACAAACAAUAUGCCGCAGAGAUUCUGGCAAUUCUUCUGCAAUCUUCACCUAAGAACCGAGAGAAAUUUGUUGCUCUUGACGGUGUCGAUGCUCUCCUUCAGCUCCUCAGCCAAUACCGGAAACGGGACCCAGCUAAGGACUCCGAAGAGGAAGAAUACGUGGAAAAUCUCUUUGACUCUUUGGCUUGCCUUGUAGAUGAUGAUGCUGGUAAGGAGAAGUUCAUCGAUGCAGAGGGCAUUGAACUUGCUCAAAUUAUGCUCCGAGAGAGCAAGUUUAGCAAGCCCCGAGCUCUUAAGAUUCUCGACCAUGCCCUUGGUGGUUCAGGAGGUGGCCCAGCGCAAGCCAUCAAUUUCCAUCCUUGGCAUACCCUGCACAUGACUAACAUCAAGCAGCAAGAGGGUCAGAAUAUCGAGCAUCUGCUAGGUAUCUUUGCUUCCCUUCUCCGCCUCCUGCCUGGUGGUUCUGCUCCUCGUAUCCGAGCACUCGCCAAGUUCAUGGAGAAGGAGUACGAGAAGAUUGAGAAACUCAUCAAGUUGAGACGGGACUAUGCUGCCCGUGUGUCUCCCGUUGAGCAGGCGAUUGAAAAGGAACGCAAGGGUCUUUCACAAGAUGACCAGGAAUUUAUGGCUGGCGAGUGGUUGUCACGCCGGUUCGACGCUGGUCUGUUCUCGUUACAGACUAUUGAUGUUAUUCUGGCAUGGCUCGUCGCCGAAGAUGACGGCGCCAAGAAAAAGGUGGUUUCUCUCCUGGCAGACCGGGAUGAGGACCUUUCCCUAGUUCGGAGCACUCUGCAAGAACAAUUGGAAGGACUUGGAGAUGAGGACCAGGGCCAGAAGGACUUUAAGGAUAUGUUGAGCACUUUGCUGCAGUUUGUAUGA